AACUAACGGGAUGACGUAGAAUAUCCCAGGAAAUAUCUCGCUGGGUUUCAAAUAGAAGUGCACAAAGUCAUUCAAGAUGGUGUUAGACACUCUCUCCACGUUUAUCAAAAAACAACUUCCAGCCUACCUCAAAAAGCUUCCUCUGCCGGAAAAGAUCGGAGAUUUUGCGCUUCUAACAGUUUCAGAUUGGUUGCGGCUCUUGCCAUUGUUAGGCAUUUUGGCUCUGCUGGGUUAUCUGACCAUCCGGCCCUUUCUGCCCAAGAAGAAAAAGCAAAGGGACAGUCUGAUCAACCUGAAAAUCCAAAAGGAAAACCCUAAAGUGGUAAAUGAGAUCGACAUAGAGGACCUGAGGAGUGCAAACGUUUGUUACUGCAGAUGCUGGCGAUCUAAAACGUUUCCUGUGUGUGAUAAAUCGCAUGUGAAGCAUAACGAGCUGACGGGGGACAACGUUGGUCCACUUAUUCUCAAGAAGAGGAUUCUGUAGCCCACCUGUUGCGCCCAUAGAGGGAGAGGAGUAGGCGGUGUGCCGAAGACCACUCAAAAUGCUGUCGUUUCUAUUCUCCUCCUUUUAAAACAGGUUGAAAAACCUGCUGUGGUUUUGUUUAGUGUACUUAAAACUAUUUCCAUCUUUUUAGUGUUUAAAUGCAUAGGUCUUUAAAUUGUGAUGGCAUUGAUCUAGAUAUUGUGGGUCAUCUGAGAGAAUAAUUAUGAUGAUUAAUUUUGUUAUGUUGUUCUGGUGUGUUUAAUCCUUUUAUACUUUGCAAAUGUAGUUUGACCUUUGUGUGCAAUAUAACCGACAAUAAGGAAAGGUAGAUGGUAUAGUCAGUCAGUCUGUGUGUCCUCAAAAGUGGCUUUUUCGUUUUUAAGUUGCCUUUUAAUUUUGGUAUUAUUACAUGCACAGUGUGCUAAAUUAAUAUGAAAGACACAUUUGAGACCGCACAAAAAGUCACACGCCUUAACUUUUCUAUGUGAAGUAAGUUUUCUAUUUGUUGGUUUAAAAACUUGUUUGUCUUAUUAUUAUUAAACCAACAAGAGUUUUAAAAGUUUUGCUAAAUUAUUUUCAUCUUUGUAAUUACAGGACACCGAGUUAGUGUUUGCAUAAAUAUAUACAUUUCAUGUUACAAUACAUAAAUGACAAAUGCCUUGGUCAGCUCUAUUGUUACAGAUUAAUCACAUAACAAUACGUGAACGUAACACAGAAACGUCAAUCUUUCGACUUUCUACUUGAACCUACAUACUGCAACAUUACAAUUCAUGUAAUGCAUGCAUUCAUUUACAAUCAAAACAGAUGUAAACUGCAGGCGUUGACAAUCCUUUGGUUCGGUGUGCCAACUGGUUUGUCAUAUUUGAUGGCUCUUGUAGAGGCUGUUGUAAAAGUUACAUUUGUAUGGUAACUGGAAUGUGCUUAACUUUUGUAAAAUAAAAGUCUAACUAAACUUG